CUGCAUAUGUCCAAAAGUUGUUCUCCAUUUGCUCCCACAAGUUAGGCAAUGGCAGCUGGAUGGAAGCCCCCAGCCUUAUAGUUGCCCCUCAGCUGGGUAGGGUAUGGAGCUCUCACCCGCUCCUCCUGCAGGCACUGAGUUCAGACUCAGCUUUAAAAAUACAAAAGCCAAACCUACUGUGGCCCUGGUUUAAAAUGGGAGGAAGGGGAGGGGGGAAUUACAGUGUUUGUUAAUCACUGUCUUAGACUCUUCUGAGAACCUCAUUUGAUGAAGAGCUUAUGUUAAUAACUUACCCCUAGAGCAAUUUGUAGCUCUGAUGAACAUGAGAAUUGCUGGAGGCUUGCUUGCUUGUGGAAAAAAUAACCUGUGCAGAUUAGUUGCAAGUUUCAUAGCAGCAAAAAGCACAGCACAUGCAUUAACAGCUUACUUGGCUUUUACGUAGAAUACAGACGAACGUGACGUAUUUCCCACUGAGGUUGCUUGCAAGCAUAAGUGUGUUCACGAGCAUUUGGGCUACUUUGAACGAUGGCUUAGGUGCAGUUCUUUAUCAUUAACUUCCAUCAAAGGCAGUCAUUAUGCUUUACUUGGUUAUUUGCUAUUUUCAAUAAUACGAAAUUGAUUAUUUGUUACCACAGUGCUUGUCUUGGAGCAGUCUAAAUCCCAAGGCUGAAAAAAAUCCCAUUGAAUUUUCACUAUUCUAAUGGGAAUCUGGUUGGGUUUGGGGUUGGUUUUUUUUUGUUGUUGUUUUUUAAGUAUGCGUUUCUUUAGUCCAUGUGGAUGAAGAUACAGCUUUUACAGUGUAAGUCAAUCCACUGCAGAUUCCUUCAGUGGCUGAGCAAUUGUUGUGUUGCAAAUAAAUGUGACCUUUCAGGUCAUGCUAGAAGCUGCCAAGGAGGUGUAACACUUUUCACUGAUCCCUUUAUCCCAGAGCUACCACCAAAAUCUCCUUCAAACUAUGGAUUUGUUUUGUUAGUUGUUAUGCAUAUUGUUUAGCAGGUUCAUUUCAGGUUUAUGUUUUUGUCUCCAAGUGCUGUUGGUCGCUUGGUCAAAUAACUAUCAGUGCAAGUGUGCCUUUGUUGGGUUUGUCCGGAUAUUUCUUCUGCAUCGCUGAAGUGUACCAGAGGCAUCAAACAGGGAAGAGCAUGCUUUUAUUUGGGUUUAGAGGGCUUUUUGGUGUUUGGGGUUUUUUUUUCAGGAUGAGAUUAUUGUUCUGUUCAUCCAUUAGUUUCUAACUAAGAGCUUUCAGAGAUGGAAGAACUUUGUUUAUUCUGCCUGAGGAGAGAUUAGAGAGUCUCUUUCUUCCUCUGGGGCUGCCAGUCAUUGUUCCUGUUUACAAAGAACAUGUAUUUUUUUCUGAAAACAAAGGGAGUGAAGCCAUAAAUUUAAAGAGCAACCAAAAGGAAAACACAACUCUGCCUGCACUUUUUAAGGUUCGUCAAAAUGAAGAGAAGAACCAUUCCACAGAAGAACUUAGCAAGUCUGAAAUCCAGGAGGAGCUGAAAAAGGCUAAUAGCCUUCCCAGUUUGAUUCCUGGAAUCAAAACAGUGGAUAAAGACAAGCAACCCCGAGAAGGUUUCUUUCAUUUUCUUGGAAGCUUAUUUAAUAUUGCCACAAGAUCUUCUUUGGUAGAAUCUAAACCCUCUACCUUCCAAGAUGAACCCAACAGAUGUGAAAAGGAUUUACAGAACACAAAUACCCUUCCGGAGGACGUGCAGCCAGAGCAGCUGAAAAUUGAAGAGUCUGUCUGUUCCACAGCUAGAAUAAAAGAGGAUUCUGUAAAUAAAGAUGGUGCCAUCUUAAAUAAUAUUGGGAAAGAUAGCUCACAGGGUCUGCCAGCAGGCUGGAAACGAUCUGCAGAUGGACAAAAGCAGAUGCAGCGGAAGCCAGAAGCGCCUGCAGUCACUUAUGCAACAUAUCGAGGUUCUGCAAGGAUUAGGCAGCUAUUGAAGAAUCAAUCAGAAACGGCUGAGAAAGGAGAAGAAAGUAUUGAGAACAGAAAUGCUUCAGCGGUCAAAGAAAAUGGAGAAAUCCAUACAACUGUGUCUCUGAAAUCAGGACACUUAAUAAAAGAAAAUGGAGAAGAUGAGGGUAAAGGUCACGAAGUUGAUGCCAUAGUAAACUCUUCUGCAAUUAAAAUGGGAAGGCAAAAGUCUGGUAAAACUCAACAUUGCAUGGGUAGCAGUAAACAUGAAAUAACUGCAAAGACCACAACUUCAUCUACUGGAUCAUGUCAUGAGAUAGACUUCAAAUGUUCGCCUGCUUUGACUGCAGCGAAUGUUAAAAGGACGUAUUCACUAGAUUCAUUACUGUCAUCUAGUAGCAGAAGCGGUGAGAUCUUGACCAGUUCCACUUCCCAGAUUACCAGUUCCCUUAAAAUGAGUUCUGCAAAUGAUUUGUUCAGCAAAGAGGAUGGACUGCUGCAAGAAGCAGAAGCUGUAUUUCAGACAGACAAAAAUGCCUCUUCUAACUUUGAUAAAGAAAAUGAUUGUAGUAAAACAGCUAAUAAGGAGGCCACAAAUGAAAUGCAGGAUGAUUGUUGCCAUUCACCCAAAUCAAAAAGUGAGACAGUUAAUGAAGAACUACAGGUGAGUAAGGGAGAAUUUUGCUGUAAUCAUCAAAUGGAUAGUCACUCAGAGCUAACAUUGGAUGUCCAGAGGCUUCGUUCCAGUACCACUACAUUUCAGCAGCAAGUGGAUCAGCAUACAGGUAGGGCAAAAAAAAAUAGUGAUCCAAGAAAAAGUGAUACACAGAAGAUCGUGGCAGCUGUAGAAGGAGAGCAGAAUCCACAGAAUUUUAUUGCUACUGUUCCUUUACCUUUUAGUGAACAAAUACCUACUUCACUUAGCAUGGAGUCGACAGAAGAAAAAUGUGUAGCCACAGGUGAUCUAAAUACUUCAGUGUCAUCUAGUAAAAAUGAUGAAGAUACUGUCAUGGACAGGGGGACUUGUAAUGAAGAACUGAGUCUGUUAGGGAAACCAGUGCAUAUACAAAGCGGUCACCAAUUAACCCAUGUGGAGAAUUCUAAUAAUGCCACGCAGCAGACUGCUUUACCUGGUCUAGAAACUGAGGGUGAGGAAACCAUGAAGGUUUUAUCUGAGCUUGCAGUGGAAAACCUUGCCAAUGUAUCAUCAUGCAUACAUGGGUGUGAAAAUGUGAAAUCUAGCUUUGAUGAUCUGACAGCACCUCUCUCUGUAACUUACGAGUCUUCCUUUGAAACUGGAGACUGUUGCUCAGCUCCUCUUCAUCUGAGUUGCAAGUUCAAAAAUAAAACUGUAGGGAAAAGAGAAGUUGGUUUGAAAGAUCAGAGAGAGGCGCUUUCUCCUCCUGAUCUUGAAUAUGAGAAGAGCGAAUCCUUUGAGCCUACAGAGAUGAGCCUCUCUGAAAACUCUGUUCCUGUCCACAACCAUGGUCCUAUUUCGCUUGAAACUGUUCAAGAUACUCCUGCUAAAGCAUUAGUUACACUCACAGAAGGUAACACAGCAAAGCCUGCACCUUGCCCUUUAAUCACUGUUGGCAAGACAGAAAAUUGUACUACUGCCACUUCUAAAAUUGACAAGACAAGUAAGCCUGAGGUUACUCUUGUUCUUUCUGAGUGUAAAGAUUGCAUCUUUGAACUUCCCUCUCAUAUUUCUAAGAGGCAAGAAAAAAGUCUGGAGGUUUCUCAUUCUGCCUUGAGAAAUGGAGGAAGACCUUUGACAAAUCAUUCUGCUUUUGUCUGCGAAGAAGACAUUGAUGUAGGCGUCGUUUCUGAAUCUGCACCCAUUUCUGAAGAUAGGUGUACUAAUUUUUCUUCCAAGAAGGAAGACAGUAGUGAGUUUAGGGUAUCACCCACAGUACUUGAUUCUUCAUCUGACAACCAAGGAAAAAUGCCUUCUCCUGCCACUAACUCUAAAAAUGGCCAGAUUGCUAUAUGCUCUGCUGCUUCUGAACAGGACAGCUUUAUUUUUCCAGCUGCUAAGUCUAGUAGAAUAAUUCCAGAGGACAGAAUGACCGAGGUGGUACUUGGCUCAGGAGACCCAAGAGCUUCGUGCCCAGCUGGUUCUCUGGAACCCGAGCUUAGUCUAGCUACACUUGAUAGCUCUGCUGUAGGAGUACACAUGGGGCAUGUUUGCAUCCCCAGCCCCACUUCACCUACUCUUGGAUCCAGAGAAGCCUCCAACCUUUCUGUUUCUGCUAUGGAAAUGCUGGGCAUUGCUCAGGGGAACAGUAAUUCUUCCAGUCACAGAGCCAGUGAUGGUGUAGAGAAGGCUUCCAUGCAACAGGCUGACAGAAGCGUCUUGGCAGAGGCAAUGCCAUCACCCAUCUGUCCUUUGGAAUCUUUGGAAACAGCAUCCAAGUCAGCCUGUACUGAGAGUGUGUGCAGAAGUGCAGUAGGACAGGCGAUUCUUGGUUACUGUGCUUCUGCUAUCUCAGAAGCACAGUCUGUGAUGGAUAAUGACGCAGCUGCUGCACCUACAGGGUCAAAUGAGCUGUGUUCUGAGGAGGCAGGGGAAGAUACUGAUGUGAAGGGACAAGAAUGUUCUAAAUUCCAAGAUGCUGCUGUUUUGUUUAGAAAAGCUGAGGAAAUAGUGGACUCAGUUUUACACUUGGCUAUAGAAGAAAUAAUAGCAAAACAAGCCAUUGGUAUUUGCCAGCUUUGUGGGAGCAAGAAUAGUUUAAUAAAUACGGAUAUACUACAUGAUCAGAAAACUGAAACUGUACAGCUGAAAGCAGAAGAAAUCCAGUUAACUGUGCAGUCAUUAAAACAUUUUAAUGAGAGCAGUAGAGGAGGUUCAUCUUCAGUUACAGGAAAUGAAACAAAUCAUCAAGAUGAAAAGAUACUAUCUUACACCCCUGAUAAAAUUGACCUGCACAGCGCACUAACACUAAAAGCAAAAGAAACAGUUGAUGAAGUCAUUAACUCAGCCAUACAAAAACUGGCAUCCAGUCAGUGGCAAGGCGGUGAGAGUAAAAGGCCUUUUGAAAAGGUUGAGCCUAAACCUAAGACUGAAAUGCCAGCAAUUUUAAACCUAGAUAUCAAUAUACCUGCCAAAACACAGAAACUAACAGAAAAGAAGGAAACCUGGAGUGUAACUGUAACCUGUGAAAAGGCAGAUUGCUCAGGUCCUCCUUUGCUUCCAAAUAAUAUGGAAAAUGGCAUAGACUGGCCCCAAAGAGGUGAAAAGAUGCCAAAUAAUGCAUUUACAUGUCAAACAAAUGGUUUUCUACCCUCUGGAAGUUCAGCAAGGCCAGAAUCAGAUCUUAUGACACCAGCGAAAGAGAGACACAAUAGAAGGGUGUGUGAACAUCUGGCUGCAGCAGAGAUGUGUAGCAAAGCUGGAGCAUCAGCAACUAGUAGAAAAUCUGAUGGAUCUUUACAUUUAAUACAUAGAGAUGCUACUGUGACUGAAGAGAUGCUUUCGUCAUUGCAGUUAAAAGAUUCUUGCAAUAAUACAAAUGUGCCAGAGUGUACAUUGUUGCCAACUGUAAAUGACAAUUUGUUAUCUUUUCUGCCUGAUGAAGAAUGUAUCAGCAUGCAGAGUGAAUCUAAAGACACAAGCAGUGCCUGGGGGUCUCUCAAAAGCAAUGCAGAGGACAGUCUCUAUGAACACUGCAGAAGAGAGGCUGCAGAAGUACCUGCACAAGUAAAAGCAACCUUCGAAGAUUUAAAGGCAGUGGAGAGUAAAGAGGAACUAGCAGAAGGGGCAAGUGAAAUAGCAGAGGUUAAUACUGGGUUGAAUACACAGCUCAUUGUACCUGAAUUGGCUGUAACUGGAGAGGAUGAUGAAGAGGAAAACUGCUUUAGCACAGCCUUUGCUCAAAAUAAUGGGAAUCUGAAGCAGGUACAAAUGAAGGAUCAAGACAUGAAGAGCAAUGAUCAGCUUGAAGAAAAUGGUCUGGGCUGCGACAAUGACAUAAAGGAAUCUACAGAUCUUUUGAAGGAAUCUACGGAUCUUUUGGCCUUUUCUCCACUAAUUGAACAGUGGGAAAACAGUUCUUUUACUAUCAUUUAUGAAGGUGCCCUUCAAACUGAGAACAAAUCUGUCUCAACUGAUGAUAUGCAAACUUGUUUGCUUUCUUCUUCUGAUUUGCAUUCAGAUAAUAUAGAUCAUCUAAUGUGUGAAAGAGCAGAGAAUAAUCAUGAGCCAGCCUGCCUUUAUGGGAAGGAUAACAAGCUGAAUGAAGCAACAGAUAGCCGUAGCUCAGAGUCAUUUCUGAACGUGGAGGCCAAGCGCUAUAGAGUAUAUCCUUUCUCUUUGUCUCCAAUAUACGAAGACGACAGCUCUCAAGAAGACUUACUUUCCACAGACAUGUCACCAGAAAGCCAUCCUAGUGGAAUAUCUAAAGAUAACACUGACCACGCUUCUGUGCUUUCUCUUCUCCAGUCAGUUUCUGAGCGCUUACAGUUUACUUCACAGUUCAGUAAAGAGGAGGAGGAGGAGGAAGGAGUGGAGGAGGAGGAGGAGGAAGAAUCAUCAUAUGAAGAAAAUAUGCUUAAUGUUGAGAGAGAAGACAACUGUUUUUCCAGUCAGUGGAGAAGAAAUUUAAAACCAACCCUUCAAUCAAAUGACCAAAAUAGAUCUUUGUUUUCUGAACAAUCACUUUUUCUUUCAAAAGAACAACUUGACUCUAAAGAGCACCCAGAACUGUUUCCAGAUGGAGCUUCUCCCAGUCAAACACCUUGUAAGCCAGUUUCACAGAAAGCUGAUGCUGCUCUAGAGCAUCCUCCUCCAAGUGUGUACUACCAGUAUUUGAAAUCUGCCAGCAGUUGUUCCUCUGAGAAGGGAACCAGGUUUGGAAGCCUUCUCCAGGAUAUGUUUCUGCCAAAGAUUCAUUGGUCUCAAGACAGCACCACGCCAAAACUGGGAGAAUUGUCAGCGAACCUCAUUGAUAGGGCAAGUCUCAAAUACAAUCCAAGACCGGGAAAGAUUAUUAUUUAUGAUAUUUAUGGCGACAAAAGUAAACAAGAAGUUCAUUCUGAUGUGCUAGAUACCACGUCCUGGAUCUUUCCCAUUGGAGCAUUACUUAGGAUAAUUAGAGGAUGUUGGAUUUUUUAUGAGAAACCAAAGUUCCAGGGUCGGAAGUACGUGCUAGAAGAAGGAGAGGCUGUGCUGGAUCACCUUUGGGAUCUCCCGGGUGUGAAACAUCAUCGAAGAAACCUCACAGUUGGUUCCAUCAAACAUGUUACAAAGGACUGUGGCGUUCCAGAGGUAGAGUUCUGCCUGGCAGCUGGUAGUACAGAGGGACUUCCUAUCUGCAUACAGGGUGCAGUUGCCAAUUUAGAAGAACUGGAUGUUGAGAAAAACCCUUACAUAAAAGUCAAAUCAGGAGUAUGGCUUGCUUACUCAGACUUUAAUUACAAGGGAGAGAUGAAGGUCUUGGAAGAAUGUGAUUCACCAUCUGAAAUUCCUUCAGCAGAUGUAAAAUCUCUGCGUCCCUUAAAAAUGGGUGGACUAAAGGUACAAAUGCCAAUGAACGUCAAGAUAAUAAUAUAUGAGAAAACCCACUUUGGAGGAUGGUCCAAAGAGUUUUCGGAAAACAUCAGUUCUGUCCCAGCUCUGUUUGGUAGUGAAGAGGAGUUUCAGGAAAUUGGAUCAAUACGUGUAAUUGGUGGAGUAUGGGUUGCCUAUGAUAAGGAACGUUACAAAGGCCAUCAGUACUUGCUGGAGGAGGGAAAUUACGAAGACAGACACUCAUGGAGGGGAACUGACAGUAUCCUCCUGUCCUUCCGGUUCCUUCAGGCUGAUUUCAUAGAGUCAUCAGUGGCACUUUUUCAGUCUGAUGGUGAAGAUGGGAAAGCAUUAGACAUUGUCAAUGAAGAAAUCCCUGAUUUGGAGCAGGCUGGAUUUGGCUCAGAGACGAGGUCAAUUCUUGUGAGAAGUGGAGUGUGGGUUGCGUAUCAGCAGAAAUACUUCUGUGGAGAACAAUAUGUAUUGGAGAAAGGAAAAUACAAAUGUUUCUUUGACUGGGGAGGAUCUAGUAAAAUCAUCAUGUCGAUUCGACCUAUUAAGUUGGAACCACUUGGAAUGAAUGAGCCUCCACAUUUGCUCAAAGCUUUCAGUAAUACACAUUUCCAAGGAGCAUGUAUAGAUUUCACAGCAGAAGUUUCUGAUUUUACAUCAUUCAUACCAUGUUCUUUUAAGGUUCUUCGGGGAUGUUGGCUCCUGUAUUACCAAGGGGAAACCACUGACAAUCACUGUGUGCUGGAAGAAGGCCUCUACACUGACCUCAGUUCCUGUGGCUGCCCGACUGCUACAGUCAAAUCCCUCAAGCCUAUUCAAUACGUUUUUGCUGAGCCCUCCAUCAGUCUGUUCGCUCUGGAAUGCUGCAAGGGCAGGGAGCUGCACUUCACUGAACCAAUCAAUUCUGUUUUGAAUGAGGACCUUCAUUUUUACACUCAGUCUGUGUGGGUGAGAAGUGGAUUGUGGAUUGCAUACGAGGGAUGUAAUUUUUUAGGAAAGCAGAUUCUGCUGGAGCCCAGUGAGAUUUCAAACUGGAAUGAACACAGUGGCUGGAAAGUAAUCGGCUCUCUUCGUCCUGUGAAGCAGCCAGCAGUGUACCUCAGAGUGAAGAACCGAGCCCAAGGCAAGUAUCUGACAGUGGCUGGAAGCUUGGCUGAUAUAAGAGCAACAUCGGUGUGCGCAUCCCCAUACAAUGGCAAGAACACCCAGAUCUGGCACUACUGUCGUGGACUCUUCAAAUCCAAGGCUAACAAUGCCUGUCUGGAUGUCAUUGGGGGCAGAGACGUGCCUGGGGCCAAGGUGGCACUCUGGGCAGAGCAUGGGAAGGACCGGCAAAAGUGGAGACUCAAUGAGGAUGGAACCAUCAGUUCAUACCUUAGUGAACAACUGGUGCUUGACAUUAAAGGAGGAAAUUAUUAUGACAAGAAUCACAUCAUUAUGAAUCAGCCGAUAGAUGACAAACAUUCGCAAAAAUGGGAUAUUGAAAUAUUGUGAGUAAAACCCACCACACAGAUGGACCUUGUGUGUGUUAUUAACACGUGGAGGGGAAAAAACCCAAACCAGGGGAAAAAACCCAAACAACUACUGAAGUCACCCACCACUGGAACCUUAAGCAGCAACUCCUCUCUACUUUCCUUCACACCAAGCACCAGCUCCUAAAACAACUCAAUUUUGCACAAAUCUGGAAGAUGGGAGGUUGAUGUAAUGUCUUUCUGCAGGGAAGCUACGCUUGUAGAGGCCACUCCUAUGAAGGUCACUGUUAUUCUUCAUCUGAAGUAUUAGAAGUAAAUGAAAAAAGACUUAGACGUAAGUUUUGCAGGAUGUGAACCGCAAGAGAUACUAUGGGAAAGCCUCUUUAGAAAUACUGUCUUUACCUUCCCCUCAAACUGAUGGAAGCUCACUGAAGAAUUGAAUGCAGCUUGAAAGAGGUUGUGUUGGACUUCCAUGUCCCAAGUGCAACUGUUUAGGUUCCAAGCAAUCCUGAAGCUCAAACCAUAUCUCUUGCUAAAAUGCAAUUUAUUUUGUUCAUAAAGAUGACAUUGAACUGGAAUUACCAGCUCAGCAUGUGAAAUGAAGCAAUAGAGAAAGCCUGACUUCCCCCCCACUCCAAUGUUACUGGUAGGUCUUUGUCUUCAUUUGUUUUAGCAGUACCAAAUUUCCAGGUUCAGGAACUGGUUUUGCUGACCCAUGGCCUGUUUCCAGCCACUGAAAUUGAGAGUUAUCACUGAAGAUCACCUUCAACAUGGAGCCAUAUUUACAUGUAUCAGAAGAAACGGUCCUGGGUCAGGCUAGACUUCUACAAGGGCUAGCUGCAUUUAGAGCAGUAAUGAUUUUGAAGUCUAGCCAUAUUUUGUUUUGCUGUAUAUAGAUUAAUUUAAUAUAAUGUAAUUUGGUCUUGAAACCACAUCUUCCUUCAGAAAAUAACUCCUAGUAGGUAUUUUCAAAAGGUGCUAUCAGACUGCAUUUCAAAACUUGCUUAAUGUUAAAAGAACAGCAUAACUACAUGUUCACAAUACUGUGGCUCAUCAACACCUCAAACAUCUUAGCCCAAAGGACAAGGACUUGGACUACUGGUCCAGGCCUUGGCGUGCUGGCCCUUCCCUCAACUUCAGCACUAUGCAGCCAGCCUACAAGCUAUCACUUGAGACAGACAGAGCCAAAUACCUGACUGGAGUGCAGCUGCUGCAGGCUUGAAAAGCAUGUUCCUCACUCAACACAGACAGGGGCAGAACUGCAGGCAGCUGUAGAGCUGUGAACACCUGGCAUGGAAGAGAAGUCCUCUUGGAUUACUGGUAACUUCAUUUGAUUUCAGUGUCACCAAAUUAAUUACUUCAUUGAAAUGGUAGUAUGUUUUUUUUCCUAUUUGUAUAUUCAGGGUAUGUAUUUCUGUAACUAUUUAAAGAGUUCAGGUUAGCUAGAGACAGAUAUUUUGGUUUCCAAAAGCUGUAACUCUUCCAGUUGUUCAUUCAAACAGGAUUCAUCCCAAACAAAUAAAACCACCUAACCCUAAGCUUGCCACAGAAAUAAAAUAAAUGGAUGUCUAUUUUUGUAUGAAAUGGAGUUCUAUAUAGUACUAUUUAAAAAUAAAUAAAAUCUACUUGCACUUACUAUUUUACAUUCUAAAUAUUACCCUAAAUCUGCUGUUUAAGUAACAGAUUUUCAAAUGUCUGUAUAUAUAUUUCCAACUACAGCACUUGUUCAGCCUUUUUUUAUGUAAGUCAGUGGGUCAAGUGUUCUACGUGUCACUUGCUCUCCAUAUGAAAUUUUAAAAGCCUGUGUAAAAAUUUCUAGUCUUUUAGACCAAGGAUGACUAAAUCCUCUUUGAUGUGUCAGUGUUACAUAGCAAAGUAAAAGCAGGCUUUUGUACUGAAGAGAUCUCGAAUGUAAAAUGUUAAGCAUGUAUAUUUUAAUUGUAUAAAACUUUUUUAGGAGGAA